CGGUUAUUAUUCAAAACCGUUGUGUCUGCCCGCCAGCUGUUGUCUCACCGAGACUCACAAUUUACAAAUCAAUCACUUUGCGCUGAACGAAAAUUCAAUACAAAAUCGUAUGUGUGACGCAAAAGAAUUUAAAAUUUCCAAUGCCAUUGAGCCCGUCCCGUGCCUGUGCUUGUGCUUGUGUGGUGUGUUUGUGUGCAAAAAUUGAAAUGCCAUUGAGCAGGCACCAGCUUUUUUAAGCAGCUAAUUAGAAUUUAUCCCUCGGAAUAGCUCUCUUUUGGAGGCUUUCUAGGCUACUUCAGUGCACCUGCUUCUGCUCCAGCCGAUUGCAACGUGUAGGAGCUGCGCUGCAAUCGCUUUCAGCGGCAACAAUGACAACCACAACCCAGACGGAGAUCAACACGAACGGGGGCGGAGGAGUGGACCCUAGCAGAGCCGGUGCCACAGAGACGGCUGCAACCAGCUCCAGCGUCACUCCCGCGCCCAGCGGCACCAGCGGUCUCCACAAGAAUGCCCCGGGCGUUGGAACGCCCAGCAGCAGCAGAGUGUUGGACGCCACCAAGCGCAAGAAGCUCAAGUCUCGGAGCAGCGUAGGAGCAGCGUCCACUCAGACCACAGCAGCGGCAGCACCCUCUCACAUGAAUCGCAGCACCAGUGCCAGUGCCAGUGCCAGCAAAAGUAAUGGAACAGGCCCAAACUAUUCCAAGGAUCAUCUAGAUGCCUGGCUGGAGAAUUGCCUGCGAGAUGCUAGCAAUGCCCAGCUGUCGUCAUCCUCCGAAUUCUUGGACUUUACUCCGCCCACAGCAACGGCUAGUAAGCAAAUCUUUGUGACUCAGGCGGCAGUUCAGCAACAACAACAACAACAACAGCCACAGCAGCAACAGCAGUUCCUUAUGCGCUCCCAUUCACAGCCGUAUAGCAUGGGCACUGGCACGCCCUUCAGCUUGGGGAUUCAGCGCCACUCGCAGGCCCUUAGCCAUCGAUAUCCGAUGCUCUUUCCGCCCCAAAGCUACCCCAAUGGCUAUGGCCUGGGCAUGGGCUAUUGCGGGGAUGGGGGGCAAGAGUUUGCCAGCCUGCCGCCACUGGUCAAUAUGAUGGGAGGGACGGGUGGCGCCACCUCGGAACAUGAGCAGAAUUCCACGGAUGUCUUGAACGGAAGCAAUCCAAACUUUAGCAGAGGGUUCCGAUUCAGCGAUCCCUGCCUGCUGAAUCCCUCAGACAAUGACUCCAAGCUGAGUGGCCAGAACACGCCCGACUGCCGCAAUGGCAAUGGCAAUGGCAACACCAACACCAACGACAGCGGCUGCGACCUGGUGCAGCAGAACAAGUUCUUUGCGGCGCUGAUGGAGCAAAUUAAUCUGUUGCACGACACCAAUUCCAAGAUAUGUCGCAAUUUGCAUGAAACAAAAGUCGAUAUCGAAGCUUUAAAGCACGCUCCUAACGGCCAGGCCUGGGCGGGGGCUGGCCCUGUCCCCGUCCCUGGCGCUGGCGCUGGGGGCAUGCGCCACCGUAGAGAUAGCUUGAGCGGAUUAAGCACACAGAGUCAGCCACUGGUGUUUGGCGGUGGAUUCGGUGGGACGCACAGUCCGGCGCCCACUUUUCAUUCAGGUACAGGCGCCUAUACGCCUGGCAUGAUGACCGACGUUGUGCGCGAGGUCAAGGAGGCCGCGCGAGUCCGCGAAGAUGCCAUGCUGAGUCGAGUCAAAUCAAUGGUCGAGGAGCGUCAGUGGUCCUUGAACGAGGGCAAUGUUCGUAUACUGCGCGACAUUGAUGAUUUGAAGUCGCACGUGAUGCAGUUGCGUCUGGAGCGAAAAGAGACACAAAAACGCUUGUCGCAUCUGGAGGCAGAAAAUAAGUAUCUGCGACAGGCGCUGGCCAGCUGCUACAAUCAGCGGCAAGCCCAUCACGACAUCAUCUACGAAAACGAUCGGGCUCGUGGAUCGCGUAAGCCGUUCCCCAAUGGCGGUGGUGUUGGAGCAGCAGGAGCGGGGCCACGACGUGCCCAGUCGUUCAAUCUACAUUACGGAAUAAUGCACCAGACCCCGACACAAACUACGCACGCGCUGGACGAGGAUGACGAGUUGGACGAAGAACAGCGGCAGGAGCAGACCGAAGAGGACAGCGAGGCUGUAUCUGUGACCACUCCCAAGCGCCUUUCAUGCUCCAGCAGCGAGUCCCGCAGUAAUGGGCUGCCCGCACCCACUAUCCAGCCCUCGCAGCCGCCAGAUCUGGCCAAGCAAACCGCGCAGAGCCCGCCCACGUUUGCACUGAUUGCAGAGCAUGUGGAUCCGGAUCCCGCACUUCCUCCGCCCCUGUUGCCGCGCAAAAAGGAGCAUGCCCAGCUCAAGCGCGAACUUAGCGAAGCUGCCGCCGCACGUAAGGAGGCCAAUCAACGUAUCAUAGCACUUGAAAAAUUGGUUAGAGACCUAAGUGUCCAGGUCCAGGUCCAGGGCAACCAAUCGAAUUGGAAUCCGACCGUGUCUGGCGCACCACCGUCAACCUCAAUGGCAGCGGCAGCAAGGGCAGCAGCAGCGGCAGCGAAAUUCAGCGUGGCCGACGGACCGAUUACGGACUUAUAGUUUUAGCUAAGAGCCCCCGACUCGAAUGCGAAGGCCCAACGGCAGAGGGCCGUGCGCGUCACCCACUUAUAGCAGCCGGAUCGACGGGGCCACCAAUACCAGAAACUGCACACCUUUCGAUUCAAAAUUAUUUAUAAAUCGUUAACCUUUGCAUAAGCCCCACUUCAUACCUAAAAAUACUAUAUGUCGAGGAUACUUUUAACAUGCCAAAACUACAUGCAUAUACUCGUACGGUUAUACACCUCAUCCAUAUCAUAGGCCAAAACCAAGUCCUCACCAUGAAUUGUUGACUCUACCAGGGGCUCGCACAAAGCUAAAGCUACGUAAUUUGUCCAUCGCCACAUAACCCACAAAAAUUGUUACUAAACCCCUCUAUUAGAGAGCUCUUUUAGGCAUAACCCUAGGCUGACUAACCGAGAAACCAUGUACCUAUUACAAAGAACAAAAAUCAAAAGCUAGAAUAUGUGUAAUAUGUAUAUGCAGUGGCUAUACGAGUACGAGCAUAAUGUUAUUCGCGGAUCGGAUGUCUAUCCCAGUGGAUAGCCGUAAGGAAUUAGUCCCUAAGAUUUUGUACUAGCUGAACCCAUUUAUAUAUUUUUUAAGUGCCAUUUAAUAAAACGCAAAAAAUACA